GGUUGCGAUUUACAGAGAUGAAACUGGUCAUUGUAGCGCUCCUUAAGUAAGAACGAAUAAACUGAAAUAGUUGCGAAUUUGAACCAUAGCACUUCACCUGUGAAGUACGCUUGACUAUAUGAUUUAUAUGAAGUAGUCCAAUAGUAAAAUAGUACUAAAUCGUACUUCAUCAUUUAUCUCUUUAUAUACUUUUAGCUUGAGAACCGGAUGUCUUUUUAUCUCAAGUGGUAAAUUUCUCUUAUAAACAUUCAUUCAUUCAGACUACAAAACCACUGCCAUAAACGUUCUUUAAUGAUUGAUACUUGCAAUGAACAUUUAUUACGAAGAUUUUUUUAAUUGGAAUUCCUAUGAACGUCUCAAAAUAUGCAACCUUGAAAACCGGUCUUCUAAAUUUCGCGUUCAAGGUGAAAUUGUGAAUAUUGUAAGAAUGGAUUAUAAGCAGCGAAGCCUUCAAUAUCAUUUUAAAAUCAUGGAUGAAACAGGUGUCUUAAAACUAAAAUACAAUAUAAAACUGUCUUCUCCUUGCUUUAAAACUCUACAACACUUACAGUUGGGAAAUUGCGUCCAGUUAUAUAGCAAUGUUGCGACGCGCCGAGCAUCUUUGAACGAAUGGUGGCUUACUUUGUCUGCCGAAGAUGCUGAAAGCAAGAUUGAAAUUCUUUCACAAGAUAGCUUGAGAAACGAUUUCCUCCUUCUGAACCUUUCGAACCUGUCUCCUCUUCGUUUAUUGAAAGAUAUGCAAACAUCUACGGCAGUUCAUACUCUUGUUACUAUUCAAUGGGUUCAUGAUAUUGAGAACUAUCAAUGUGGAGCAGGUAAUAAACGCUCUAAAAGGGUGAUUGAGGUAUCCGAUGGCUUUUAUUCUGCAGUUUUAGUUCUACACCACGAGCCACUUGUAUUUGCAAGUGAGAAAUGGAAUGCUCGGACAGUUCUGUAUAUUACAAAUAUGAAUGUCCAUGCCGAUACGCAUGGUCUCCCCGAAUUAAACAUUGAAGAUGCUGAAGUCCAGGUUCGUUACCUGAAUUAUAACCACAAGAAGAUAGAAAAGUUUUUUAAAGUUAUCAACAAUAAUUUAAGAGUUUUGUUGGAUGGUUCGAGCAAACAAUGGACUUUAAAAGCACUUGAAGAGCAAACUGUCUCCUCGGGACUUCAAGUCAUUGGGGUUGUAAAUGUUUUAUUGGUGAAAAGUAAAAUAAAAAAACUGUUAAAUUCAAAUAAUCUUUUUAUAGAAGAUGAUUCGGGAGCUUUAAAGUUUAACAAUUUUAUUGAAACCAUUAUCGAUGAAAGUGGUUGCUUAGAGCAUCCCAAAUUUCAUUCAAAUCUUUUGGAAUUCCUACUAGGUUACUCUCCAGAAGAAGUCAGUAUGAUGGAUGAGCCUGAGAUUUGCCAGUUAGAGGAAGUAUUCUUAUAUCGUCGCUUCAAACUUAUAGCUCGAGCCUACGGUAACAUGGUCGAAUUCUUUGAAUCUAAAAGCUUUCAAACAAAAUAUGAUGAUGAGGGUCACUUUAUAAAUUGGACUACUUGACUUUGUCCUUCAUGUCGUUUUAUUUAUAUCACUAAGAUUUCAACUAGUAUGAAUAUUUAUAAAUAAAAUAGCCUAAUAAAAUUCAAAAGAUAAAAUAAAUUCAAAAAAUUCUUCGUUUAGUUUAUCAGUUAUGGAAAAUCCUGUUUAGAAUAAUACCAUUUUUUCUGCUU